UCCAGCCAAUAGAAACAACAGAGAAAGGGAGAGAAAGAAGAGCAGCUUUGGAUCAAAUUCAAAAAACCAACCAUGGCGUGCCUAUCAUCCACAUCUCUUUCGACUCUGCGUUUCUCCAACGAUCUAACGUCGGCGGCGUCGGUGUCCUUUGCGAGAUCCGGCCUGGCGGUUCGGGUUACGAAUCCGGGUGGGCAGAGGAAGGCGAUGAGAGUGAUGGCGGUGGCCAAGUUCAAGGGGACGCAGAUGAGGGAGAAGAGGCUGACGGAGAUGAUCGAGAAGAAGGUUCUGGAAGCCAAGCAGGUGUGCGGCGAGGGAGAUCCGAUCACGGACGAGUGCAAGGUGGCGUGGGACGAGGUGGAGGAGGUGAGUCAAGCCAAGGCCGAUCUCAGGCUCAAAAUGAAGGACAGUGAUCCUCUCGAGUCGUUUUGCGAGGACAAUCCUGAGACGGACGAGUGCCGAAUCUACGAGGACUGAUCCACCAUCUCCAUCGUUAUACCAAUAUGGUGUUGGUCACUGUGUGCUGCUGUGGUCAGAUUUAUUAACUAGGAUUAGCAUGAUCUUUUUGUAAGUUUGGUGUAUUAAUAGUUUAAUACCCGAGUGUACUAUCUAACUAUUGUGUGUUUUUUUUUUUUUUGGAGAAAAUAUAAUGUUAUCAAUUGGUCUUCUUGUA